CUGAAUUUCGGGAGAGAGGAAGCGGCCGUCGUCCGAGAAGGACCGGUUAAGUACGCGGAGUCCCAGGGAUCGCGAGUGUGCGAUUGCAAACAAAGUGAAGAAGCGCACCUGAGGAAGCCGGCAGAGCGACUCGGAGCACCGGGAAGGAGCAGGCGAGCUACCCGACCAGACCGAUUGCCGAAUUACUGCCAGAAGUAAAACGAGAGACGGAAACAAUACAACUCCGAAGUUGGGGAACCGAAGUAGAGGAACCGGCGUUUGUGUAAUCGCAUACAGAGUGGACGGGACUCCAGGAAUUGAGAGAUUAGCCUAGCUUGCCGGCUCUAUCGAGAUCGAGGAGGACGCCGCGACAGAAACGCCGAAACCGAAAGGACAGACGGACGGAAACGUGGGACGCGCACAGGACGGAACGACCCGAAAAUGAGCUAUAAACCGAUCGCGCCCGCCCCCACCGGCUCCAACCACACCCCACCGGGAUCAAGUGUACCCUCUCCUUCUCUUCCUUCCUCGUCCACCUUCAGACCGGCGUUUAGCGACUUCGGCCCCCCUUCCAUGGGGUUUGUGCAGCCGGUGAAGGUCUCUCAGGGUUCCACCUACAGCGAGCUGCUGUCCGUCAUCGAGGAGAUGAGCCGUGAGAUCCGCCCUACCUAUGCUGGCAGCAAGAGCGCCAUGGAGAGGCUAAAGAGAGGUAUCAUCCAUGCCCGAACCCUGGUCAGAGAGUGUUUAGCGGAGACUGAGAGGAGUGCCCGCACAUAACGCCCCCGUCCUGGCCCCCACCCUCCCCAUGCUUGGACCUGUCCCACCCCCGAUCCCCCCGAUCCCAUCUCCUCUGACUCCCGCUGUCAGACCAAUAAAACAAGUCAAUGCUGGUAGUG